AUGGCGGCCAAAGUGACUGUUCCAUAUGCCAGAGUCACAAAGGUGGAAGAACUGAAAAAUUUUGCCCAGGUCAUCGCGGCCGCAUUCUCCAAUGAUGCUCUGAACCGGUUCAUAUUUCUCGGUCGCGAGUCCAGGCCAGAUCAUCCGAAGCUCAAAGAAUGGGAGAAGAGAGUCCAGUAUUGGUUGCCCGUUGUCCAGAGUCGUUUCGAGACUGGAGCAAUAUUAAUUCAAACCUGUGACUGGGCGGCCGUUGCAUUAUGGCUACCACCUGGGAUAGAGAAACCGAAGCCCGCGGCAAACGCACCAGAGGGCUCGGUAGAGUACAGGAGGAAGGUCGAUGAACUGAGGAAGAAACACUUGGGCGACAGACCGCAUUGGAACCUGAAUCUAAUAGGAAGGGCGCCUGAUCGGCAGGACAAAGGUGCUGUUCGAGGUUUGAUCGAGGCUUACUUGGAGAAGGCUAGAGAAGACAAUUUGCCUGCAUGGCUGGAGGCGACGAAUACUCAUGCGAGAGAUGUCUACUCGCAUUUUGGGUUCAAAGUGGUGGACGAUUUCAGGAUAGGUGUAGGGAUUGUCAAUGGCCAGGGGUGGGUUGAGCCCGCCGGCGAAGGCGUGUUGAUGUACGCGAUGAUCGCGGGACUGUAA